AUGGGACGUUUAGAUAGUUAUGAAAACCAUCAAAGACCAGAAUUAGUGUCGUUUGAUGAUAUUAGUUAUAACGACUUAUCUCAAGUGGAAGCUGCAAGAAAAUCAAUGCUUAGGGAACAAUGGAUCAGAGUAUAUGAAUUAAGGGUGACUCAUGAAGCUUUAAGAAAAUGCAGACAAUAUCAUCAAGAAGAUGCUUCAAGAAAUUGUAAAUCAUUGGUGUUAAAAUACAUGAAAAUGUUGGAAUCAUACCCAAUACAAGGUUAUAUGGGAUACCAAAAGAACGAUCCAUCUCAAUAG